AUGACACUGUUGUGUCGUCAUGACCGUGUGCUCUGGCUAGUUAAUAUAAUGUCAGCUGGUGAGUGGCAACACUAUGCACUCACACUAAUCCAUUGCCUCUUCCAACAUCUUCCCCCCUCAGCAACAGUCAGACUCCUUUAUGACAUUGCAUGUCAGCUGCAUCACAGCUGUAUCAACUGGAGUUUUCUCGAUGAUGUCAUUGAUUGCAUAACCUUUGUGAUAUCGAUAUUUCAUGCAUAUGGCCAUCAAUGGCCAUGUCAAGUGAUCUACCAUCCUCGCAAAUAUGUUGGAUUUAAAUUAAUGGAUGGAGAGGGAUGCGAGCGCUUUUGGAGUGCAAUCAAAAUGCUCAUACCAAUGCUUCGCAUUUCAGGUGUAAGUUCCAACUUUCAUUGA